AUGAGUGAAGUGGUUUGGACAAAGGACCAAGUGCUAAAAGCCUUUGACAAUUCAGGCAACCUCAAGUUUCUUGAGCAUAUUAAUCUGUCCAACACUGAAAAAUGCACGGAACAAGCCCCUGUCUACAUCUUUUACAUGCGUGGUCUGCAGUGUUCGCGUGAUCCACGUUUGGCCUAUCAUUUCUGGGCCAAUUAUGCUGGUCGCCAUCAAUUUCAUCUCUUUACAAGUCAAGCCAAAGACGAAUGCAUUAAUGCUGCCAUUUACUUGUAUGUGCCUGAUCUGGACGCCAUCGAGAGGAGCCUUACAUCCGUUGCAGACGAACUUAAAGACACCAAGUUUGCCGUGGAACGUGUCAAUCGUGGCGGGGAAACCACGCACGAGUAUCCACAAGAAAAGUGGCACGAACUAUUCGACACGACCAAGUAUGAUCAUCUCAAGGUAAACGACCCAUAUGGCAACGAGCUGCGUCUCCACGUGACACCACGCAAUUACAACUCGAUUAAUAUGUCGCUGGGUAAGACGCUGCCUGUAACGGACGAAAUUGAAGGUGUACCGCAAGGCUUUCCGUUCCUACUGUACCCGUGCCGUCCAGGCAUUGCGCACGGCAUUUCGCGCUUCUUUGAGCACUACCUGGGUGCCAAGACGGUGGUUUCCAAGAAGAAUGACAAUGAUGAACUUUACCGCACGUCUGUAUUUUGUGGCCCAUUGCAGACGAUUGUGUUUGACGAGCAAGAGUCCCAGCGUGACAGCAAGGGUGAGUACGACGGUCACCACGUGUGCAUCCACAUCGAUCGCUUCAAGGAGUUUUACGACAAGGCGUACAACGAUUCUAUGACCUGGAACAACUUGCUGUUUUUCGACCGUUGUGAUACCUGGUUUGAGGCUAAUCGUGACCAGCAAUACCGCAUCUUGCAUCUAGUUGAUCCCGUGGACAAGAAGUUCCUCAUGUCCUUCGAGUUGGAGAUCCGUUCGGCGCAACACUACCGCUACCUCAUCCACCGCAGCGACGUGACCCCGGAGGAGGAAGCUGCGAACGAAGUGCUCCGCAAGAAGAAUCUGUAG